AUGGCUAGAAAGAGAUCUGCUAUAGAUUUCCAGUUCGGUGAAUGUAUUGGAGAAGGUUCCUACUCUAAGGUGUAUAGGGGUGUUUCUAUACACAACCACCGAACCUAUGCAAUCAAAAUCCUUUCGAAGUCACAUAUACAUAGAGAGAACAAACGCAAGUAUGUGAACAUAGAGAAGGACACACUCAACAUAUUGGGCAAACAUCCCGGGAUAGUGACCUUAUAUUAUACUUUCCAGGACGAAAAAUCGCUUUAUUUUGUUAUUGACUUUGCCAAAAACGGCGAGCUGUUGUCACUGAUUCGCAAAAUGGGAUCUCUUAGCGAAACCCUGAGCAAAUACUAUUUUGUGCAAUUGAUUGAUGCUGUUGAGUUCAUACAUUCAAAGGGAAUCAUUCAUAGAGACCUGAAGCCGGAAAACGUUUUGCUUAACCACGAAUGGAAACUGAUGAUUACAGAUUUUGGGGCGGCCAAGAUCUUGUCUCAGGAAGAGAUGGCCAAUGGCCGUUCCAUGCAGCCUAUAGACGAAGCUGGGCGGGAAAUGAGCAACCAAACAAGCAACGGGUCGUUUGUAGGAACGGCAGAGUACGUUUCCCCUGAGCUACUAAAGUACAACAUUUGCGGGUUCGAAUGUGAUCUAUGGGCCUUGGGCUGCAUUCUCUAUCAAUUCAUUGUCGGAAGACCUCCAUUCAAAGGUCAAACAGAAUAUUUGACGUUCGAGAAAAUCAUCUCUCUAGACUACAGCUUCCCCAAGAACUACUUUGUUCCACCGCAAGUUGAGCAAGUGAUCAGAAGUUUACUGGUAGUUGAGCCAGAAAAGAGGUGCAACAUUGAAGAUCUCAAAAGGCAACCCUGGUUGGAAAACAUAGAUUGGAACAACAAAGAUUUCAUCUGGAGAACCAAAGUCCCAAAACUGGAAGCCUAUAAUCCGCGUUUGCAUAAUUUGCUUCAAUCGAGACAGGUUUCUCCAUCAAACUCUAGUUCAAACUUAUAUGGUCCUUCUGAUGGUAAAAUAUCUAGCAAAACACCUUCUGUGCCUCAAAAUGCUCUCAAACGACAGAUAAUGAACGCACAAAAUAAUCCGCAGUUGAUGAACAAAGUUUUGUCUCACAGACUUGCCGAAAAGGAUCCGGAAGUCAAAAAUCGGGUGCUAGCAAAUCAGUUUCCCCCCGUCGCAGCCAACACCCCAAUCGUCAGAAAGUCACCAAUAUCCAGUGAACUUCGAAACAAGAACGACAUAGUUGAAAGAAGAAACAGCUUACAAUUCGUCAAUGGUGAUGGUUCUUCAAUCACCCCUCCAGCUUCCGAAUCUCCUUCUCCAUCGGAAACAUCCCUAAGAACCACUUUGCGUAUGGUCGGUCCUAGACACAGUCAAGCAAUGACUUCUUCCAUCAACACACCUCCCCUGUCGACAAACGCGGAGUCGCAUCCUUCAAAUUCUUCUUUCCAAACAUCAGACAGGCGCGUUUCUUCGGACUCCCUUUCGAAAAGCUCCUUGAGUUCGGUACUUCCUAAACGAAGCGACCGACCGGAUAGGAAGCCAAUUAUGCGCGCUCCUUCCAUUAACGAGCUUCUAGGGAUUCCGCAACCCAGCUCGCAAGCAGUAAGUGCAGCGGGUGCAAUAGGAAAUAUGAUGUCACAUAAGAGGGCGUUGCAAGCUCCUCAAAACUUGUCGAGCUCUCAAUAUCAACAACACCAACAACAACAAAUGAUCAAUCCUAUUUUACUGGAUAAACAGAUUCCCAAGAGCAUCACGAACAAGCUGAUGGCCAAUGAAUACAUCCUCAAGCUUGACAACAUUCUCAAAUCUGAGCUGACGCAUAAGCCAAAUCAGUUUGUUCCACAAGGCCAUACUUUAGAUGACAACAUCUUGAACAAGGUUAUUACGGAAAAUUAUCAAAGCCUGAACCGAGACCUCAAAAGUUGCAUUCUCAUUAUCACAUCGAUGGCCCGGUUACUCAUAUAUGAAAUCAAUUCGGACUUCAAAUUGCAGAACCCUCAAUCGUCGACACAAUUGCAGGCAAUGGAUUUUUACUCGAAAAUAGUUGAGGUAAAACUGACCAACCGUAACGUGUCAAUGUAUGACUACGAAUUUGACGAAGAAUUGAAAGAAGGAUACCUUAUUUUGGAAUUGAUGAAUAUGAACAAGCUCAUUUUUCUGAGUGCCUAUGAUUCAAAAACACUGGUAAGAGGGGGAAUCAACUCAAAUGUAAGAGUGGGCUUCAAAGUUAAUGAAUCGGUUUCGUGGAUUGAUUCGCUUUUGAAAGCCCGUGAACUUUUGCGGCAAAUGUUCCCAAGAGAUCAAGCAGGCCAGCGUCUGCAUCUAAAUCAGUGAGAAGAAGCUCCUUGCAAAAUGGGACAGUCAGCUCUGCUAGCAGCGGUAUCAAACAAAUGGAAUUAUCAGAUAAGUCGAGCGCAGCAGCGGCCGCCGCAGUGGCCAUUGGCAAAAAUGCACAUUGAGCAUUGAUUAUCUUGUAUACUAUAAUGCAUUGACGAUUAUCAAAUGAUAGUGUUUAUAAAUGCUUCAACCAAUAUGUUGACAUCCUUUGAGGCACUGUUGGCGUUUUCCAAAACCUCUUCGUGACUAGCCAUUCCUUCUGUUUGAUCCAAAACAUCUUCCUUCUUCAAUCCAUUCUGCAAACAUUCCAAUGCGCUAAUCGGAGGCUCUCCCAAACCUGCGUUGGUGAUCAAGCUCAGACCGAAAACCUUGACUCCACAAUGUCUUGCAAUGAUUACUUCUGGAACAGUGCUCAUCCCAACCGAGUCGCCACCCCACUUUCUAAUCAGUCUCACCUCAGCCCUAGUUUCGUAUGUUGGUCCAGCCACGUAACAGUAGGUACCUUCAUGUAUGGUUCUUUUGAGUCUAAGAACCUGUUUUGCUAAUCUCAAAAAUUCCAACCUGAGAUCAAAAUCAUAAGCAUCAGACAGGGGCAAGAAUCGAGGUCCAUACUUGUCUAGAUUGGGACCUCUGAGAGGAUGGAAGCCAGCCAUACCAGGGAUAUUCAAGUGAUCACUGAUAACCAUCAAAUCGCCCGGUUUAUAGUUGGGAUUGAUGCCUCCGGCAGCAUUAGUGACUACUAACGUAGUCACUCCCAUGCUUGCUGCCACCCUCACGGGGAACGUUGCCUCUUCAAACGAAUAGCCUUCAUAGAAAUGCAAUCUCCCCACCAUACACAUCACAGGAACCCUGUUGGUGCCAAUUUCGCCAAACAAUAGUUUCCCCACAUGACCCUCAACGGUCGACGUCUUGAAGUUUGGAAUUGUGUGGAAGGGGAUGGAGACCGUCUCACCUUUCAAAAUUUCCGAUAUGCCUCCCAAGCCUGAUCCACAUAUAAUAAGCACCUUCGGAGACAAAAGGCUCUUGUUGGUAGUU